AUGUUCAUAAUAUAUGGAGUUUGUAAAUUUACUGCCAAUAACAAUGUCCGAAAUAUAAAAUGUGUCCCCGAAAAGUGCGUAUUCUGGACCGGUCGAGAAUACGAGUCUGUUCUUGAAAAUACAUCUUCCAAAAUAAAACCAAGUCAUAAUGCUACGAUAGGUCAAAGCUCUAAGAAGAAAUCGAUUAUUACCGUUAAAGCUCUUAUGUUUUGUACGACCUUAUGGCUCGUGAGGUGGUUAGCUGUAUUUUCUGAUAUAUUCAAAUUGACGUCGAUACGAACUAAACACUUGACAGCAUUAAUACGAUUUAGAGAAAAACGAAUAGAAACUGUAAAGGCAAAGGAGGUGCACUUAUUUCCAUAUACCUAUGGCUCAGGUCCUAUGAGACUCUUCGCUCGAUACACGUUACACAGCAUUGUUUUAUUGAUAGAGGUAAAUUGUGGAACAACUAAUUCCCACCAGUGUGAUUAUAUGGAAUCAUGUCCUUAUUGGAUCAUCUCCGAUAGUUCUACUCUAGCCGAUAUCAUGAUUAAUAACGUGGUUUCCAAUUGGUCACUGUUAUUUCUGUUACAUGACAUGUUAUUAUGGCAUUUAAAACGAUUCGUUCUUUUAUCCUAUUUAGAAUAA